UGUAGUCAGCCUCCUCACAAAUAGCCCUCCAGCUGCUGGUCUCAGCAAGAGGCCUGGAAUAUGAUCUGCUUGAGUAAAUGAUGGAGGGCAGCCCAGCCAGUUUACUGAGGCAUGCAGCAGGAGGCUUGCUGGAGGGGUGGAGCGCAGCAGGGCUGGGGCUGUCUGACCUGAAGCAGGCAAAUCGCGAUGAUAGAAGGCAGAUCUGGGUCUACUGUGGUUAGCUAGAAUCUGAUCUGCCCCAUCUUAAUUUUGUUGCUGGUGGCUGGGGAUGGCAAUGGGGGGAAGGACUGGGUUGGCAGGGACAUCUUUUUGCUUUGAGGAGUCCCCACUGGAUAGGUCUAUGUGAACUGACACAAUGUGCCUGUUCCAACACAAAUCACUGUUGGGAUGGUCUACAGCAAUUGAAAUACAACUUUAAGAGAGAGUGUGGUACGAUGCCCUCAGAUGUAUGCUGCAUGACCAAAAACAUCCUAGGGUUCUACGUGGACAAGGUCUUCAGGAAUCAUGAGGAGUCAGACCCCAGAAUCCAGAGGGGUCUCAGUACCCUUGCCAAUUCUUUCCUCCGCAUUCGGAAUGCCCUGGAGCAGUGCAAGAAUCAGAGGAACUGUGACUGUCGAGAAGAAGCCACCGAGAAGUUUCAAAUCAUUGUUGGAAAUUAUGAGCAGAUGGAGGUCAAAGCUGCAGCAAUUAAGGCUCUGGGAGAACUAGAUAUUUUACUAUCCUGGAUCAUCCGGAACUACCGACCUAAGGCUGCUACUAAGUGAGGCCGAAGAACAAUUCUCUACCCUUAGAAGCAAAGCUGAAUAUGGGGGCCCUAACCAGUGUGGUGACCACACUCUCUAAGAAACAAAAAUCAGGACUUCAAAAUUCUUCAUCCAAGUCAAUGCCAGAUCCUUGCCCAAAAAUGAAGGGCUGUUUUUUCUCCCUAUGUCUUUUCUCAACUGUGUUUUUACUAUUUGUGUUGCCCUCUUUGGGACUAAAAAGACUCCACUUGGGAAGCUGUGUCCUGUCCAUGAACUUUCAGGAAAUAAGGAAUGAAUUUUUGGAAUUAAAGGCUAUGUGGUAUGUAGGGGUUUGUCAAGCUGAAGAUGAAAAUUUGGACAACAGAAUCUUGAAGAACUCAGAAGCUUUGCAAGACAUAAAGCCUACAGAGAGGUGUUGCUUUUUCCACCAUUUAUUGAGGUUCUACUUAGACAGAGUGUUCAAAAACUACCAGACAUCCAAUCACCACAUUCGCCGGAAGGUCAGCAGCAUCGCCAACUCCUUUCUUGGAAUCAAGAAGGAGCUUCGGCUCUGUCAUGACCAUCUGAUAUGCCACUGUGGGGAGGAAGCAAAGGAGAAAUACGCCCACAUUCUGAGUCACUUUGAGAAGCUAGAUGGUCAGAAGGCUGUGGUGAAAGCCCUGGGAGAGCUGGACAUCCUCCUGAGAUGGAUGGAAAGGACUAAAUAAGAAGAAAAAAGUGGCCACCUUUGUGUUAAUCCCUCCAUGGGGGUCCAGCCCCCUCAAUAACACUCAUUGAGCUAGUUCAGAAUGGCUCUUUCCUUCAUCAUAUAAUAACCUGAUUAUUUAUUCCCUCCACGAUUCAUGAUCAUGGAGCAGUCCUAUGCUCCACGUCCCUACAGCUGAGUACUGUGGUUUGAUAGGAUGCUUCUGUUGCCCUCUUUUCUUUAUGGGCAUGUAUUUAUUAAUAUUGCAUAUUUAUUGUUUCUUUUUUAACUUUUUAAUGUGUUAUUUAUUUUUUAUUUUGAUAAGCCACUCCCUAUUUUUGUCUGUCAAUUGAGACUUUUUGUGCCUAUCAUUAAUGCCUCUUGAAUUUUCCUUUACCUGAAGGUCUUUUGAGUCUAGGAAAAUAUGUGUGACUAUUGAAUAAACAGGUCACCUUACCUCUCUAAAUAUCACUUUCUUCAUCCAUAAAACUAGGGCUUGGACUAGUUGAUAGGGUACUAGACUUGGAGUCAGGAAGGUCUGGGUUCCAAUCCUGCCUCAGUUUCUUGGAAGUUAUGUGACCUAGGCAAAUAACUCAAAGGCUUCUGGUAACUUCUCUAGGCCUCUGUUUACUCAUCUGUAAAGUGGGGGGAUUGGGCUUGAUGACCAAAAGGUACCUUCCAGCUCUAAACUUACAAUACUAUGACUCUCUGGUCUUUAAGGUUUCCUUAUCUGUGAAAUGAGGACAAUAAUGCUUACAAUGCCUACCUCACAGGGUUCUUUUGAGGAUUAUAUGGGCUAAGAUACAAGGCUCAAUUGUUAUCUCCUUAAAAAGAACCUUCCUGAUUUCCUCAGUUUUUUUUACCUUCAUCUCUCUCCCAUAUGUAUUUAUUUAUAUCUUGUAUUUACUUCUCUGUGAACAUGUUGUAAUAUUCCAAUACACUGUAAGCUCCAUGAGGGUAAGGUUCAUUCCUCUUUUUUAUUUGCACCCCUAGAGCCUAGCACAGUG